GAUCCAUGCCAAAACACAUGUGAGAUAUGUCAUUCAGCUAUUUUAAAUCGUUAACAGUUAGAUGUGUCGUUUGAAUAGCAUGUUAUGUUUUAAAAAAGCUAUAUAAGAAUAGUUCCGCUUGUAUGUAAACACAGUGCAUGAAGAACUAAUUGUUCUAGUAAACAUGUGAAUUGUGGAAUGGAUGCAGUGAAGGACCGCUUGAGAGAUUUUCCUAAAGAAGCUCGGGAGCUUUAUCUAAAUGAUGUAGUGCCAUACUUGGAUGGCCCCCUCUCUCCUAUUCAGUUUUAUCGGGAAUGGAUUGGUCCCAAUAAGCCCUGCAUCCUUCGCAACAGCUUCAGUGAUUGGCCAGCUUUGUCUAAAUGGAACCCUGCUUAUCUCAGAGAGAAAGUAGGCACUAAAGUCAUCAGUGUUGCCGUCACUCCAAACGGAUAUGCAGAUGCUGUAAAUGGGAAUCGUUUUGUGAUGCCAGAGGAGCGUCACAUGACCUUUUCAUCUCUGCUGGACAUCAUCGAAGGGAAGGUGAAGAGCAGUGGGGUGUUUUAUGUUCAGAAGCAAUGCUCCAAUCUGACUGAGGAGUUACCAGAGCUGACGGGAGACGUACAGACUCACAUCCCCUGGAUGAGUGAAGCUCUUGGAAAGCAGCCUGAUGCUGUAAAUUUCUGGUUAGGGGAGGAAAGUGCUGUCACAUCAAUGCAUAAAGAUCACUAUGAGAAUCUAUACUGCGUGAUAUCAGGACAGAAAGAGUUUAUUUUACUUCCUCCCACUGAUAGGCCUUUCAUACCAUAUGAGCUCUAUCAGCCAGCAACAUACAGACAGAAAGAAGAUGGCACGUUUGAAAUAGUAGAUGAAGAAGGUUCAUUCAAAGUGCCCUGGAUUCCUCUAGACCCCCUGAAUCCAGAUUUAGACCGAUAUCCCUCAUAUAGACUGACUAAACCUCUGCACUGCACUGUGAAAGCAGGAGAGAUGUUGUACCUGCCCUCUUUGUGGUUCCAUCAUGUGCGACAGUCUCACGGCUGCAUAGCAGUGAAUUUCUGGUAUGAUAUGGAAUACGAUAUCAAGUACAAUUAUUUCCAGCUGGUGGAGUCCCUGACAAAUGCUGUGGGUUCACUAUGAGACUGUUAUCACAAAAAUGAUUAGACCUGCUUGAUAUAAUCAAAAAUCAAGCCAACAGAUGCAUAUGGACAACCAGAGACAUCAUGCAAUUCAUGAGAGGUGUGCAAGUAUAAUUUUGUGGUUGCAAAACAUAUUACAAUAAACAAAGUAAUUGACCAUGUAGUAAACACAG